AUGUCGAUUCCAACCACCUCUACCACUCCUUGGUCUGUCGCUGGCAAAACCGCCAUCGUGACCGGAGGAUCUCGCGGCAUCGGCCGAGCCAUUGCUAUUCACCUAGCACGCAAGGGUAUCAGCAAAGUCGCCAUUACUUACGCCUCUAACGUCAAGGCAGCCGAGGCAACUUUGGAGCAGCUUCGUAUUCUUGGAGUAAGAGACGCAGCUGCAAUAAGAGCCGAUGCACUUGAUCCCAAUUUUGCCUCUAUUGUUGUCUCCGAAGUCUUCAAGAAACUAGACACAAAAGUCGUCGACAUUCUUGUCAAUAACGCGGUCUUGACAGAUCACGCAAAGCUUCUUCCAAUCAAGGAGGCGACUCUGGAAAAUUUCCUAGAAGUGAUGCAAGGGAAUGUUUACGCCCCAUUGUCGAUGGCAACUAAGCUUCUGCCUUACCUACCCGAGUAUGGCGGUCGCGUCAUCAACAUCUCCAGUGCCCUCGCUUACCAGGGCAAUCCGGACCCAUUCUUUACAUACGGUGCCAGCAAAGCCGCUUUACAAGCAUACACACGCUCGUUUGCCGAUGCUUUUGGAAAGAAAACCAAGGCUACGUUUAAUAGUGUUGUUGUGGGACCGACUGACACUGAUUCUGUGAAGUUGAGCCAGGAAUUCCUUGAUGCACUAGUUCGAGACACAACGGCUGCGGACCGAAUCGGCGUUCCCGAUGAUAUUGCUUAUAUUGUUGGGUUCUUGUCAAGUGAGGAAGGUCGUUGGAUCAACGGUGCCGCUAUAAGCGCCAAUGGCGGAAGCAAGGCUAUCAUGCCUGCUCUCGGUUAA